GGUUCUGGGGACGCCUGAAAAAGGAAGUUCCGGGACCCUCCCUGCUCGCGUGCCCACCUCCGCUUCCUGCCUCGUGCCUCACCUUGUCCCCAGUGCCUGGUCUCCCCCCUGCCGCUGGGGACAUGUGAUUUCCCCUGGGGGCCUGACCCUGCAGGCCCCAGCCGGCCCUCAGUUCAAGUGGGGGAGGGGCUGAGCCUCGGACACUCCCCCCAUCUCCUGGAACUGCAGCCACACAGGUGGGCACCUGCACCAGCCCCACCUGUGCCUGGGCUGUGUCCCGCCCUUCCUCUGCAGGCCGCUCACCAUGGCCCCACCGCUCCUGCUGCUGUUGCUGGCCAGUGGAGCGGCCGCCUGUCCGCUGCCCUGCGUCUGCCAGAACCUGUCCGAGUCGCUCAGCACCCUGUGUGCCCACCGAGGCCUGCUCUUCGUGCCGCCCAACGUGGACCGGCGCACGGUGGAGCUGCGGCUGGCAGACAACUUCAUCCAGGCCCUAGGCCCCCCUGACUUCCGCAACAUGACCGGGCUGGUGGACCUGACGCUGUCCCGCAACGCCAUCACCCGCAUCAGCGCCCGCGCCUUCGGGGACCUGGAGAGCCUGCGCUCGCUGCACCUGGACGGCAACCGGCUGGUGGAGCUGGGCGCUGGCAGCCUGCGCGGGCCGGGCAACCUGCAGCACCUCAUCCUCAGCGGCAACCAGCUGGGCCGCAUCGCGCCGGGCGCCUUCGACGACUUCCUGGAGAGCCUGGAGGACCUGGACCUGUCCUACAACAACCUGCGGCAGGUGCCCUGGGCCGGCAUCGGGGCCAUGCCUGCUCUGCACACGCUUAACCUGGACCACAACCUCAUUGACGCGCUGCCACCGGGCGCCUUCGCCCAGCUCGGCCAGCUCUCCCGCCUCGACCUCACCUCCAACCGCCUGGCCACGCUGGCGCCCGACCCGCUCUUCUCUCGGGGGCGGGACGCGGAGGCAUCCCCGGCCCCGCUGGUGCUGAGCUUCAGCGGGAACCCGCUGCACUGCAACUGCGAGCUGCUGUGGCUGCGGCGGCUGGCGCGGCCUGAUGACCUAGAGACCUGCGCUUCUUUACCAGGCCUGGCCGGCCGCUACUUCUGGGCCGUACCUGAGGGCGAGUUCUCCUGCGAGCCGCCCCUCAUUGCCCGCCACACGCAACGCCUCUGGGUGCUGGAGGGCCAGCGGGCCACGCUGCGGUGCCGGGCCCUGGGCGACCCCACGCCCACCAUGCACUGGGUCGGCCCUGAUGACCGGCUGGUGGGCAACUCCUCCCGGGCCCGAGCCUUCCCCAAUGGGACCCUGGAGCUCGGGGUGACUGGUGCUGGGGACGCGGGGGACUACACCUGUAUUGCUACCAACCCUGCUGGCGAGGCCACGGCGCGAGUGGAGCUGCGGGUGCUGGCCCUGCCUCACGGCGGGAAUGGCAGCACCGAGGGUGGCCGCCCGGGGCCCUCGGACAUCGCUGCCUCGGCUCGCACUGCUGCCGAGGCUGAGGGGACGCAAGAGACCGAAGCGGCCGUGCAGGUGACAGAGGUGACGGCCACCUCGGGGCUGGUGAGCUGGGGGCCCGGGCGGCCAGUGGAGCCGGUGUGGAUGUUCCAGAUCCAGUACAACAGCAGUGAGGACGAAGCACUCAUCUACCGGAUCGUCCCUGCCUCCAGCCACCACUUUCUGCUGAAGCACCUGGUUCCCGGUGCGGACUAUGACCUCUGCCUGCUGGCCCUGUCGCCUGUCGCCGGGCCCUCUGACCUCACGGCCACCAGGCUGCUGGGCUGUGCCCACUUCUCCACGCUGCCAGCCACACCUUUGUGCCAUGCCCUGCAGGCCCAUGUGCUGGGUGGGACGCUGACUGUGGCUGUGGGCGGCGUGCUGGUGGCCGCCUUGCUGGUCUUCACCGUGGCCUUGCUGGUUCGGGGCCGGGGCGCUGGGAAUGGCCGCCUGCCCCUGAAGCUCAGCCACGUCCAGUCUCAGACCAAUGGAGGUCCCAGCCCCACACCCAAGAGCCACCCGCCCCGGAGCCCCCCACCCCGCCCACAGCGCAGCUGCUCCUUGGACCUGGGGGACAGCGGUGGGUGCUACGGCUAUGCCAGGCGCCUGGGAGGGGUCUGGGCUCGGCGGAGCCACUCUGUGCAUGGGGGGCUGCUCGGGGCAGGGUGCCGGGGGGUCGGGGGUAGUGCAGAGAGGCUGGAGGAGAGUGUAGUGUGAGGGCACCCUGAGGCCCUCCAUGCUGCAGAUCGGCCCGCCCAAUGCACAGGCAGGCGCCCCCGGUAAGUAGGCGCUGCCUGGGGCCUCUCGGCUUUUAUUCUCGGUACCUCAGAGUCCCCUCAACUCAGCCUGACGGGGACCCUCCCUGGACCUGGCCUGUAGGCAGCAGCGGGGGGCUUCCGCUGACCAAGCAGCAGUCUUGUUUUUAUUGAUAAUAAAACUGUUGGGGACACCUCCA